AACAUGGAUUGUCUUCGAUCUUCGAGGAACUGUCACCGACUGUUGAUAAGGGGAAACUAUAUAUGAUGUCGUCGCCAGUUUUACGGCAGAUUUGAGAAGUCGAUCGAACUGAUCAAUACCGAAGAUAAUCGUCAAGAUGCGUACCUUCGUUUUUCUCUUCGCCUGUUUAUCGCUGAUUGCCUCCGCAUGGGGUAAUAACUUGAUUCUUGGCAUACGUAUGCCUGGUGAUGUUCUUGUCAAAUCUCAACCCAUCUUGAAGCCACCUAUGCCAGGUGUCAGUCACACAGUCACAAUUGACGUAACUGCACCACCCGGCUACGUAAUCUCAUUUAUCAGUGUAAUCAACCUGAAUGCGAGGAUAAUAAACGUCGUUCCUAUAAAAGGUUAUAUUGGAGAACAGUCGGUCGUCCUGUUGGGCAUUGGAAAACCAGGUUGGCCUCUUCUGAUGGAGGUUACUGCUUACGCUUUUCCUUCUCGAGACACUUCCACAACAACUAGUACUACUCCGUUAACGACUAUCCCCACCACUUCAACCGUAACUGAACCAACUACCACUGGACCAACCAGCUCUGCAUCAACCACCACUGAACCAACAACCACUGAACCAACCACCACUGAACCAACUACCAGUGGACCAACUACCAGUGGACCAACUAGCACUGAACCAACCAGCACUGAACCAAUCACCACUGAACCAACAACCACUGAACCAACCACCACUGAACCAACUACCAGUGGACCAACUACCAGUGGACCAACUAGCACUGAACCAACCAGCACUGAACCAAUCACCACUGAACCAACCAGCACUGGGCCAACCACCAUUGAACCAACCAGCACUGGAUCAACCAGCACUGAACCAACAAGCACCGAACCAACCAGCACUGAACCAACCAGCACUGGAUCAACCAGCGCUGAACCAACCACCACUGAACCAACCAGCACUGAACCAACCAGCACUGAAUCAACCAGCAGUGAACCAACCAGCACUGAAUCAACCAGCAGUGAACCAACCAGCACUGGAUCAACCACCACCGGGCCAACCACCAUUGAACCAACCAGCACUGGAUCAACCAGCACUGAAUCAACCAGCAGUGAACCAACCAGCACUGAACCAACCAGCACUGGAUCAACCACCACUGGGCCAACCACCAUUGAACCAACCAGCACUGGAUCAAGCAGCACUGAAUCAACCAGCAGUGAACCAACCAGCACUGAAUCAACCAGCAGUGAACCAACCAGCACUGAAUCAACCAGCACUGAACCAACCAGCACUGGAUCAACCAGCACUGAAUCAACCAGCAGUGAACCAACCAGCACUGAAUCAACCAGCAGUGAACCAACCAGCACUGAAUCAACCAGCACUGAACCAACCAGCACUGGAUCAACCAGCACUGAACCAAUCAGCGCUGAACCAACCACUUCCGAAUCAACUGCCCCUAUGCUAAUCAUAUAACCAGCGAGCUAUAACACCAAACCAACAAAUAUCUCCAGAAGUGGACCUACUAUUCCUUUGACAUUGGUGUCUUGAUAAAAUAUUUGUACCAAUACUUAUUGCAGUAUGGUGGUAAUGUUCUACAUUGAAUCUUGACACGCGACAAUAAGCGGGACAAAGAACAUUAGCAGCUAGCUGCUAUGAUUUGUAAUUUUUUAUUAAUGUGUUCCGUACAUUUUUCAGUUUCGUGCCAGUCAAGCAAUGUUCGUAUUAACGAUCUGAUAAAAGUGUUUAUAUAACAUUUUAAUAUUCUAUUCCCAGCUUUGUAAUUAUUUAAUAAUAAACCACAUAAUUAUUUAAUUCUGUUAAUUGAUAAAGAUUCCAUGUAUUUA